AUGGAUGAGAUACGGAGUGCAAAUGCGGAUCUUUCCGAGUAUCUAGAGGAUGCCGAUGUGAGCCUAUGGUCAAGGGUUCAUUAUCAGGGAGACAUGUACAACUUAAAAACGAGCAAUAUCGCUGAAUCAAUUAAUUCCGCACUGAAGCGAGUAAGAGGAUUUCCUAUUCAGUUUCUGCUGGAGUUCAUAAGGGAGAAGCUACGAAGGUGGUAUUGGAAAAGGAGAGGAGAUGCUUUGAGUCUUACAACUCAACAUAGUCGGGGUGUUGAACACUUGCUUGCUGUUCGAGAGGAGAUCGCGUACACUCUGAGAGUCCAACAAAUUGAUGGAUUGAAGUUCUUUGUGAAAGGUGGAAAUAGGGACUGUAAUGUUGAUCUGGAAAGUGUGGUUGUGGUGUCUAUCAAGUCGAGAAAAUACCUUGCUCUCAUGCUAUAG